GGGUAUGUGUGUCUCUGUCUGUAUGUCUAUGUGUGUAAAGUUACUGCCUGACACCACUGAGAGUUUCUCAAUGCAACCGCACACAGCGACAGAGACAUCACAUUGCAGUAGCGGCUCUUAGUACAGCAAGACAAGGUCUGUUGAAAUGGACUGGUGCCUCCUUAUUUUCACCUACGUGAUCGCUGUCUCGAUUCAGUCUCACGGCUUCAACAUUGAAACCGAGAGGAGCCGAGCGCUGAAUGUGAGUGCGGAGUGGUUUGGGCACAGAGUGAUGCAGCACUCCUCAGGAAUUAUCGUCAGCGCUCCCCUCGACAAGAGCAGCAACCUCUUCAAAUGCAGCUACACCAGCGGCUCCUGUUCACCCAUUAAUAUUGACGGAAUCACUCGGACGGACGACUGGGGAAUGGGAUUAUCUCUGGCAGUUAAUCCCACAACAAGCCAACUUUUGGCUUGCGCGCCACAUCUGGCGCACCCUUGUGGUAAGAACAUGUAUCUCAACAGCGUGUGUUACAAAUUCGACGGUAGACUCCUCACCCCUGUCCCGCAGAACAUUACCCCUGGAUACCAAGAAUGCACUUCGAAGGGAAUCGACAUCGCGUUCCUGAUCGACGGAUCCGGAAGCGUCGCUGGCCUGGAUUUUCAAAAAAUGAAAGACUUCAUGUUGAGAAUUAUCGAGAGCUUCAAAAACAAAAACACCAACGUGAGCACCUCCAGAUAA